GGAAAAAGAAGAGAUACCAAUACCAGAGUUUGACAAGUUCUUUCCUUUUCAGACUCCAACACGUUUUUUACUUUAUGAUAAAAAAAAAUUUAUGCAGUGAUAACUGACAACAAAGGGAUCUGUGGACUUUCUAGGGAGCCACGAACUAACUCCUACUACGCUUUUCGGGUAUGUUUAAGUUGUAUAUAAACUAGUAUUAUUAUAUAAACUUGUCAUUUAAUGUUAAUUAAUUAAUUACUACAUUUCAUGUAGGGCCUUUUGAUUUUUCUUCCUCCUCAUGCUUUCUGAAUCUGCUUCAUCUCCUGGGGUUUUUCUAGAUAUCGAAUUUUCCUUUUUUGGGGUUUUACUUUUCCCGGUGUAAACUUCUCAAGUUCUCGCCUUUGCUUCACCCAGAAACAAACAAAUAAGUAUGAAAAGCAGUCCACAUGGAAAGUUGUCAAUUCCAAAAAGCUAGUGGCAAUGUCAUUGGUGAUGAGGAGGAUGAUGCUUAUUAGAAAUAUGUUCUAGAGCUUACAUUUUUCUUCUGGCUCUUCCAUUGAAAGUUCUUUUUUGUGUUGAUCAUUCUCAUUCAUUCCCCAGCUUUUUUACAGCAGAACUGUGGGAAAAGGAGGUUUAAUUGAUUGGUCUGCUGUUGUUCUGGAGCUAUGGUUCUGGGGUUACGGUCGAGGAAGAAAAGGGGUGCAUCUGUUCAGAUUGAUUAUGUUGUGAAUGUAGUCGAGAUUAAGCCUUGGCCUCCAUCUCCAUCCUUGCCAUCUGUGCAAUCUGUGUUGCUUCAAUGGCAAAACAGUGAAAAGAAUUCUGGUUCCUUCUUAACUGUUGCUGGGGAGUCCAGCAUUGUAUUCAAUGAGUCCUUUGUACUCCCUUUAACUUUACAACCUGAUAAAAAAAGCCGCGAAAAAUUCCAGAAGAAUUUAUUGGAGUUCUCCUUGUACGAGCCUCGAAGAGAUAAAGGAACACGAGAGCAACUAUUAGGAACUGCCAUGUUGAAUCUUUCUGAUUAUGGAGUGAUUGAGGAGAUUGUAACCAUUGCUGCUUCACUGAACUGCAAGAAGAGUUCCAAAAAUUCCCCACAGCCGGUUUUAUACAUUAGAAUUGAGCCUCUUGACAAGGGUAGCUCUAAGUCAUCUCCCACUGUGAGAUCCUCAAGAACUUCAUUAGACCAACAAGAUGGUCAAGAAUCGCUAGCUGAUGUAGAUGGUGAUGAUUUAGAGAUUGCUUCUUUCACCGAUGAUGACUUGUCCUCUCAUUCGUCCCACACAGCAGCAUCUUCUGUCCCCGGGGCUGCAAAAGCUUCACCCUCUCAUAGUGAUAAGAAUGCACAAGAGCCCAUAAAUGGAACUAAAGGACAGAAUGUUCAACAAUCAUAUUCUAAUGGAAUUUCUCCGCUGCUUUCCCCUGUAGUAAAGUCUGAUAAAGAGCAUCAAAAUGGUCGUAUCUCUACCAUAUCCCCAGAGAAUAGCAUAGCAUCAAAUUCUUCCUUGUUGAGUUAUCUUGGUGUGAAUGAAGUACCUGAGACUCAAAAGAACUUGCGGCCCACUGCUGAGGAAACACCAAAAGAAAAUAAUAGAGACAUUGUCAGAGAUGAGCUCGUUGAUGAAAAAUUCCCAACAGAUCAAGGUACUAACUCAGCAGCUCCAGUUCUUAGUAAUAUAGGUGUUGAUUGUAUGGAUGUGGACGGGAAAAAAGAACAGCAAAGUUCUGAAAAGGAAGAUAAGUCAUCUACAUUGUCUUCAGAAUACAAAUCAGUCGAUAAAUUGCCACGAGGAGGAUUCGGGAGAAUUGGUACAAUGGGCAGCACAAGUCAUAUUGGGAAAAUGCCAGGGUUUGAGACGUCUAAUGGUCGACUAAAGCAUGUCAAAUCUCAAUUGUAUGAGUCAUCAACUGGGAGAAAUAAUGGAUAUUAUUUUAGAAGUGGCAAUGAUGAUGCUGCCGAAAUGGCAACAACAGCAGAUAUCAUAAGGAGAGAUGUGGGAAAUAGAGCUAGAAGUUCUCAACCAUUACGGAACAAAAAAGAAAUUGGCGAGAGAGGUCCUGAUAACAAUGGUAAAAGCACUGUAGCAUUUAAAAACGAGGGAAAAAAUCAAUCUUCUCUUCAAAAGGUUCAGUCAGAUUCCAGAAUUCAGAUGUUGGAGGACGAGUUAAGGGAAACUGCAACUCUUGAGAUUGGGCUGUACUCUGUUGUUGCUGAGCAUGGAAGUUCUGUGAACAAAGUCCAUGCUCCGGCUCGGCGCCUUUCAAGAUUUUAUCUUCAUGCAUGCAAAGAAAAAUCUCAAGCCAAAAGUGCAAGUGCUGCCAGAGCUGUGAUUUCUGGGUUAGUCUUGGUCUCAAAAGCGUGUGGUAAUGAUGUUCCAAGGUUGACUUUCUGGUUAUCAAAUACUAUCAUGUUGAGGGCCAUAGUUAGCCAGGCAGCGGGGGAAAUAAGAAUAUCAGGUAGGAGGCAUGUUGGAAACCAGACAAAUUCUUCAGUUGAUGCAAUAGAUCAGAAUAAGAGUGAAGAAGGAGAUGAGUGGGAGGACGUAGAAACAUUUAUGUUUGCUUUGGAGAAAACUGAAUCUUGGGUUUUCUCUCGGAUUGUGGAGUCUAUAUGGUGGCAGACUCUGACGCCCCACAUGCAGACUACAGUUGCGAAGGGAUCAAGUUCAAAGAAAACUAAUAAAGUUCGAUACGGUUUGGGUAAUCAAGAGCAGGGAAACUUCUCUAUCGAACUAUGGAAGAAGGCAUUCAAAGAUGCUUGUGAAAGGCUUUGUCCAAUUCGUGCUGGGGGCCACGAAUGUGGUUGCUUGCCUGUAAUAGCAAGAUUGGUUAUGGAGCAAUUAGUAAGUCGGCUGGAUGUGGCAAUGUUCAAUGCCAUCCUCCGUGAAUCUUCAGAAGAGAUGCCAACAGAUCCAGUCUCUGACCCCAUAAGCGAUUCAAGGGUUCUUCCUAUCCCAGCUGGAAAAUUGAGUUUUGGUGCUGGUGCUCAACUGAAGAAUGCUGUAAGUAGUAUUACAGCUUCCAUGUCUUGAUCAGGCAUAUGAUAUCUGUUCGCUAUGGCUUCCAUAAUUAUUGUUAUUGAAAUUACUCACUUAGAAGACAGGAGCUCCCUUACAGACAAUUCAUUUUCUUUAUGAAAUUCUUUGUUUAAAGACUCGAACCCAUUUUGUGCUGAAACACACACCUAUAGAACUGAAGUUUCAAUAUCAGAGUUCCAUGUCCUCAUAUAAGCUCUGGACAAUAAAGAGCAACCUCAUGUCAAAGUAUAAAUGUUCUGUUUUUUUCUGAAAUAUAGUGGCUUAAAAGAUUCCCCUUUCAUCCAUGGCUAGUAAAAUGUCACCCUUGGUAGUAACUAGUGGAAACUAAAACGUCUUUUCGAUUGCUCGAAUCAUUAGAUUGGGAACUGGUCAAGAUGGCUUUCUGAUUUAUUUGGCAUCGAAGAUAGUGAGUCGGCAGAAGACAAUAUUGAUGACAAAGGGCCUUAUUCUUUCAAGGCUUUCCUGCUUCUCAAUGCUCUCAGCGAUCUAAUGAUGCUUCCGCUGGAAAUGCUCACAGAUGUCUCAACAAGAAAGGAGGUGAAUAAUUAUUAAAGCAGUUUGGCUGUGGGGUAAAAAGAAAAUUAGAAUACUUCCAGUCACGUGAUCUUUUCAUCUAUUUUUUGCUUUGGUUCUUGCUCUUUUAGGUCUGCCCACUGCUCGGUCCAAUGUUGAUCAAGAAGGUGCUUGUCAACUAUGUUCCAGAUGAGUUCUGUCCAAAACCUAUUCCUCGAAGUGUAGUGGAUGCCCUGGAUUAUGAGGUUAGUUAAUAUAUGUGCAGUUUUGAAUAUAGCUUUUUGGAGUAGGUUGAAUAGUGCAGCACUAAUAGUCUUUUGGAAUUCAUUUCCACAUAGCAAAAUCUUACGUAGUCUAGAUAGUACAUGUUUCUUUUAUCUACACAAAGUCAGCUGUAUAGAUCUCAUGUCUCGACAGUGCUCGACAACGCUCAUUUUGGAGCUGAUUAUUACUCUGCAUUUCUCGCUUUCCCAACAAUUUUCCAUUGCGUUUUACUUUUCAGGAUGCAUCGGAUGAUUCGACAGAGACUGCAACAAGCCAUCCUUGUAGCGCACCUCCUACUGUAUAUUCACCCCCUCCGGAAAAAUCGCUGACUUCUUUCAUGAAAGAAGUCGGAAACCAAUCAAACCAACGCGCAGUACAGAGACGCUCAUCUUUACUGAGAAAGCUGAACACAAGCGAUGAUGAGCUCGAAGAACUCAGCUCACCAUUGACCAGUAUCCUCACUACCGAUAGCUUAAAGAGUAAUUCGGCUCCCAGGAAACUCGUCUGGACAUCAAACGGGAGAAAUAGCAGCAGUUGCAAGGUCUCCAGAUAUUCACUUCUUCAAGAAGUUUGGAGAGAUUAUGAGCAGUGAAACCACCCUUACUACUUUUUUGUGUAAAUACAUGGAGAAAAGAAGUAAGUAUUUGGUUAUCUUUUUUUAGCCUCGGAAUGAGUAUACAUCUGCUCAUGCUCUGGAAUGAUCAUGUUUAUCGUCGUUAAUUAAAGUUAAAUUCAUUAGAUUUUCUUCUCAUUGAAUAUUGAAAUGGGGAAUGGUAUAUUCAACCCUAAUAAGUUCUUAGCCUGGUUUUUC